UCUUGAUGCAUCCUGCCAUCAACCGGAAGUGUCGGGGAUUCCGCUCAAUUUAUCGUUCCCAAACGGGCAUUUGUGCGUGGAGACUGGGCAAAAGGAAUCCGCAUCUCCUCGGUCUCCGCCGCCAUCCGCGCUGUUCUGGUUCCCCGUCGCCGUGCUCUAUACCCUGCGCGGGACAUGCUCCAUCAAGUCUGCGCAGUCGCCGCGAACGCCUGCCUGGACGCAGGAGAGGAUUAGGUUACCGUUGCCCGCAAGGGGGAUUAUUUGAUUGGCCUCCUGUCACAGUAGCGGCUUUUGGUGAUCUUUUUAUUUACAAUCAAGAAAAAGAAAAAAAGCAGGGAUGUCUUUCCGAAGAGGUGUGGUCAGGCAGAGCAAGUUCCGCCAUGUCUUUGCGCAGGCCUGGAAGUCCGAGCACUGCAUUGAUGACGUGAGGGUGUCCCGGGUGACGUGGGACGGCCCCCUUUGCGCCGUCAACCCCAAAUUCAUUGCGGUUAUAAUUGAAGCAGGAGGAGGAGGGACCUUCCUUGUAGUGCCAAUUAACAAGAGCGGCAGAGUUGACCAGUCCUGCCCUACGGUCUGUGGACAUGCAGCACCAGUAUUGGAUAUCCAGUGGUGUCCUCACGAUGACAACAUCAUUGCAAGUGCCUCAGAGGACUGCACAGUCAAGGUGUGGCAGAUCCCAGAUGGCGGGCUGACAGUACCCAUGACUGAUGCCAUUUUGACCCUGGAGGGACACAGUAAGAGAGUGGGAAUCUUGGCUUGGCACCCAAGUGCCUACAACAUUCUCUUAACUGCAGGCUGUGACAACAUCAUUUGUGUGUGGAACGUGGGCACAGGAGAGCUGGUGUACCAGCUCACCGAGUCCCACCCAGACCUGAUCUACAGUGUGAGCUGGAACAAGGACGGCAGUGCCGUCUGCACUGUGUGCAAAGACAAGGCUCUGCGCAUCAUUGACCCGCGAAGAGGCACCGUCCUUAAGGUGCGAGAGAAGGUCCACGAGGGUACGAGGCCCAUGAGGGCCGUAUUUCUGGCCGAUGGAAAAAUCCUGACGACAGGUUUCAGUCGCAUGAGUGAAAGGCAGUUCGCUCUGUGGGAUACCAAAGACUUGUCGGAGCCAGUUGUCGUACAGGAAAUGGACACAAGUAACGGAGUUCUUUUACCCUUUUACGACCCGGACACAAACAUGGUCUACCUGUGUGGAAAGGGAGAUUGCACCAUCCGCUAUUUUGAAGUGACAGAUGAGCCCCCCUACGUGCACUUCCUCAGUUUAUAUAGCAGUAAAGAGCCUCAAAGAGGUGCGGGUUUCCUUUGUAAAAGAGGCGUGGAAGUCAACAAAUGUGAAAUAGCAAGGUUCUAUAAACUACACGAAAGAAAGGUGGAACCUAUUUCUAUGACUGUACCACGCAAAUCAGAUCUAUUUCAGGUAGACCUUUACCCAGACACAGCGGGCUUGGAGCCAGCCCUGCUGGCUGAUGAAUGGAUUGCUGGACAGGACGCACCACCGCUGCUGGUGUCUCUGAGCGGUGGCUACACAGCCCCGCCAUCCAAACAAAGAGACACCCUCAGAGGCAAGCCCAAACGUGAUUCUCAGGACUUGGGGAGCCCCCUAACCUCAGCAGGGAACACAGCAGCACACACAUCUACACCUACGUCCGCCGCCAGGGAGAUGGACGAGGAAGCAGCACCACAGCAAGUGACCCCAAAGGAGACGGACGGAAACGCAGACAGACCGAGAAGAGAGGAUGAAAUGCUCACAGAGUUGUUGGCAGAAAUGAAGGCUUUACGGGCUGUUGUCCUGGCUCAGAACCAGAGGAUCGAGUUGCUGGAGAGGCAGCUCGCCCGGAUUGAAGACGGAGAUGUAUGAGGUGGCGGGACUUUCACAAUAUUUUGCAAACAACAUCUUAUUUUUCAACUAACCUCUAGACCGUAGCCUUAGAGUCAAGAUUACCUUAACCUGUGCAGGUGGAAUGGAGCCACGGACGUUGGUUAGUGGACAAAUGGCUCUUAAGCAGGUCAACGUUUUUGUAGCUUAAAAAUGGCUGCAUUGAGAGCAGCAAGUCAAAUCUAAAGCAGGUUAAACUUAUUGGCGGGGAAACAUUGCAACAUUUUCUAUGAGUCUUUGCAAAAAUCAUGCUGAAGUGAAUGCAAAAGGAGAAAAUCUCACAGUCACUUCUAAUCUUUUAGGGCUAUAUAAUCAGGUAGUUGGAGCUGCUAAACUGUUGUAAUGACACUAAUCAUGUGACUUGUGGUGUUUUACCUUUCUUUUUAUUCUUCACAAUGUUCAGGGUGUUGAAUCUGUUGUCGCACAAAGGAUUAGAACUGUGAUCGGAAUGUAGCUGAAUACCUUUGUGUAUUUAACUUGUGUGUGUUGGUGGAAGGUGAAGUUACACCUUUGUCUUUUACUUUUUUUCCCCCAAGCUUUUACAAAGAAUUUCAUUUCCUUUAUUUCACCAUAAAAACCAGUAUUAUAAAAAACAAACAAAAAAAUUCUUAGUGAAAUCAUAGCAUGUGCCACAUGCUAUGAAAAUGUCAUGGUGUUGCAGAGCCUAAAAUAACUGGAUUUAUUCAAAGUUAGUGUCUUCUGUUGUGUGAAAGAGGAAGUUGCAGUGAGGAGUUGGUUUUAUUGUUUAUUUUGUUUUAAUUCAUGUUGGAGAGCACUUAUAUUUGUUUUUUAAUUUUAUAUUUUGGUCUAUACUUUACAUUUCAUAGCAUUAACAAGUAACUCAUGUCCCUGUGGAUUUUAGCAAAAUGGUACGUUCCAAUUGUCUGUGUGUGUGUAUAUGCGCUGACUUCUUGACACUAACGAAAAAUCUGUAGCAGGACUGCAUUGUGAUGACCUAAUAAAUAAUAUUCUCAAACUUUG